AGUACUUGGGCAAAAUUUCUUACUGAUGAUCCGUAUUCACGAUUGUCACAAGAUUAUUCUUUUUCACAAGGGACGGUUGUAUCGACACACCAGCCAAGAGUUGCUGAAUUUACUACUUACAACUUCACUGAUUGCGUACGACUAACGACCACGAAAAAUGAAGAAACUAGUCUGCGCUUUCCGCUCAUGCCAGGCAAAGUACUGCCGUGCCGCUUCAGCGAGACUUCCCAGCAUGAUGCGCCUUCAUCUUCUUUUGGCACAUCUUUCUGGGUUGAAUGCUCUAGCGAGCCACCGUAGUUGGUGGAGGGAUUCAACAGUGGUUGUUGAUCAUCGCCACCCAGUGCGAGGGAUCUCACGCUCUGUAGACCGCCGCUUGGGUGCGGUCAAAUCUUCGGAAACAAGGGAGCUGGAGCGACAAGCGCAAGCUAUAGAAAAAGAUGCAGUCGAUAGCCUGUAUCGAGGUCUCUUCAACAGCAACUCCUUAGAAGAAGAACACGGUGUUCCUGUUCAGGCUAGCGAGACGAAUACAGUGCCCGACGUCGUUGUAAAACAGUAUUUGCAGCCGUUUCUGGAACCGCCAAAGAUUCCAAACCAGUUCGACAUCGUACAGCUCUCGAUUCGAAUAAGCCCGGAAGAGAAGCUAUGAGUUGCUGAAGUAAACGGAGUAACGACGUUGCUCUAUAAGAAAGUCCUUCCUUUGUGGGUUAGGUAGAUGAGUAUCAUCACGAACAAGCUUCAUCAUUAACUUUUGUAGUUGGGAAGCUAAUAGCAUGAGCUUCAUCUGCUAGACCUAGACGUUAUGGCAGUCUUCACCGAACUUUGUCCUUCACAAUACGCAGGUAGGUUUGGAUAUAUCGGAACUCGCCCGCGAUACAAAAAAAAAUGUGCGAGAUUAUAAUUGUAUUGUAAUUUGUAUGCAGCUCAGCAGUCCAAGCUAGAGUGUGACUCUUAUGAUCCUCGCACCUUGAUCCACUUCCACGCUUCAUCUCUUCUCGGGGACCCAAGCUACAGAGAAGCUAUCCGAGCGCAGGCGGGUCACGCUUAUACGGUUUCAUCUCUGCAGAACAGACAUAACGAGUUUCGAGACUGUGUCCAUGCCGUCUUGCGAACCAGUGGCGCGUAUGGUAGAGUGUACCGAAACUUGGAAGAGGAUUUCUGUACUGUUAAGACUUGCCGUAAUUCAUCUAAUGAGGCAUCCUGAGACCGUUUUCAAGGGGGAAAUACGUCAAAGAUGACUUCCAAGAUGAAUUGUUGUAAGCUCUAAUACUAGAAAUGGUGAUGACAGAUCACCGAAAAUACGGAGCAAACUACGUCGAGUUGUGGAGCAAGAACUACGUCACAGGACUUCGCAGAGAAGCACUUCUAGUAGUACUACUACAACAAGAAAUGGAGUCUCUUUUGGCGACCCCUUGAGUCGUUUUCCAUCAAGAGCUAGCAGCCUCGGAAGUAUCGUUAGCCAGCUCUCUGCCAUUGGAAGCGGCAACUCUUCGUCUGAAGCUGAAGGACAUCUGGAGCAAGGCGACGCAUCGGGAAACGUAGAGGAUGGAGCAACAGUACACUCAUCGGAUACUGGUGGAGAACUUCUUAGUACAACGAAUGAUGCUGCAGCUAGAGCUACAUUUUCUAGCGUAGUAUCUGGAGCUGGACAACUACAGGAGAAUUCGAGCACGGAGAGACAGGAGCAAAUAACCAAUACCUCUGCUUCUUCGAUUCCUGUAACUACAUCAGCCGUGACAAGUCUACAAGAGGAAAGCGCCGUAGCUACCGAAGAUGCGUUAGAUUCGAUUGCAGCGAUAGGCCAUGGCUUUCGAGCAACCACUAUUUUUAGAGCAGCUGCUUCAGCGCGCGGUACGGAAAGGGAUGGACCAACAGAAAGUAGGGAAAAACAUACUUAAGAGAAGGAGACAUCUGUUCCUCCCACGCCUACACUCAACAAGUCAGUGAUGCGGGUUCGGCAUCACUUCUAGCGCGGACUGUCAUUACUUCUAGCGUCAGACGAUCAUGGGAUGAGACAGAAAGUAGUAUCUUCAUGGGUUGAGUAUCCUACAUCUUUUUCUUGUGAUCAUACUCAGGAGAAGCAAAUACAGACUGAGACUAGUGCGUACUACUGCUGGUUUUCCUAAAAAAAACUGAGACUAGUGCGUACUACUGGUGGUUUUCCUCAAAUUCAAGAACAAAAUUGGUUUCUAGCCGUUGUUUCUUGGUUUGUAAUUCCUCCUACUUUUUGGAAGUUCUUUCCCAUUUUUCAUUUUCAUACAGUCGCGAUCUUUCUGGAGCGACUGCGAAUGCUGCGUCGCAUGCUAGUACCAUCGAGAGAAUAUGGAGGCCGCAACUCGUUCCACGUACAGAUUGGUGCAGUCACGGUGACCUAUAGAGAGGAGAAAGGAAGAAGAGUAGUUCUGCGGAGAAGUAGGAGCAGUAUGGAGAAAGUGAAGGACGGAUUACGAGACGGCGAUGAAGAUGAUCCUGAAGGUUCCGAUCCAGUAGAUGUGGCAUAUCGCUACGCCCCUGUCCGCGUGUCGCCAGGUGCGAGCAUAUCACUUUUCUCAGGCUAUAUGCGGGACAAUGAGGCAUUUGCGGUUCCGGACCACUUCCUCCAAUUAGCAUCCUCAUGCCACGAGCAUGUCCAAGAAGAUGACCAGCAAGAGGCAACAAAUCAACAUCAAGACCCAAUAAAUCAACAAGACCGCCAAAAUAACCAUGAUAAAAAUAUGCUUUUGAAGAGCCUGCUUUCCAAUCAGUUGCGGUCAGCUUUCGUGCGCGAGAUUGGCUUUCCAGCGUAUUUAGAAUUGAUAAUAGCUGGCUCUCAAGAACAGCAUACCCAACUUCGCUUCUGGGGAAACGGUUGGCCAGGAACGACGGUUUUCAACGAGCGUGGGGAUAGAUACAAAAGUAAGAUGACCGCACCGGAGACUACUGGUUCUAGUACAUUGCGGGGGAGGGCACCACUACUAGAACUAAAUGAAGAACGUGAAGAAGAGCAGGGUGAUGCUCAUGCUGUUGAUUUGCGAUCUCGCAUAGAGGUCGAUCUUCCUGCGGAUGAAGUGGAUGGUAAUAGCAGUGCUAGUGCGACGAGUAGCAGAGUCUCCGUGUCCGAUAGGGAUAUGGAAAAUAUAGAACAACUAGUGGGGGAUGGAAGUAGAACUGGACACCAGCAAACAGGAACUUUUUCGCAGAUGUUGGAGAAGCGCAGUGACGAAGCGAGCUCUUCUAGUGAGCUUGCUGCAAAACGACAACAACUCGAAACUGCAGCUUCGUCAAGCUCAAGUGCAGAGCAAGGAGUCGCGGUCGACGCUCCUGAGCAGAAUCAGGGGAGCAAAGAACACGAGGAAGAAUUUCGCUAUUUUUGGAGAGAGAUGCGGUCUCAUAUUUCUUUGACCGCACUGCGAAUCCCUAACGCUCAGCAUGAGAAGCCUGGAUUUGCCAGGCCAGCCCCGUUUCUUUGGUCUGAAAGCUUUAAGGCUUUCGUCAAAGCGCCUGCUUUGAGUGAGAGAAUACAAAAAGUGCUGCUGCGCAGUCACCUAGAGGACAUCAAGAUUAAUGAAGUACGAGCAUGGAGCUCCUGGAAGGGGCAGCCAAAUUGUGCUGGUCGUGCAGCACCAGAGCAGAAGGAUUACUCCGAAGAGUGGAUUGGUUCAUCUAUGGCACUCUGUUCGCGCUCGCCUUCUGGCGAUCAUGCCAGUUCUCCCACAGCCAGGAGCCCACUUAGCUCGCGCGAGCAACCAGCGCUCGAUUGCGGCUUUGCCGGUGGUACUUCUCUAGUUUUUUUUAUCCUUAAUUAUAUAUAGGGAUGAAGUCACUAAUAAACACAACUAACUAUGGAUCGCCACGUUGAUCGUUGCAAUCACUGCUCUUGCUUCCUCCACGAGCACUAGUAGAAGUCGAGAAUCUGCCAAUCAAAUCUACAACGGAACCACUCAAUAAAACAAGCACAAAGUAGGAGUGACAAACAACUUUCAUUACCAGAAACUAAUAAAGGUACACCACUACACCUUUCGCCCGAUUCUUCUCCCUGGUUCUCGAGCACAUUGAGUAAUUCCGACGAAGAUGACGCAGAAGAGCAGCACAGCCGUUUUCUUGAGAGUCCGACCUCUAGUACUGCUAUUAGAGUAGAGAAGAGCCCACGAAGGACUGUGUAUCUUCACAAUCCAAGGGAGUACGAUGCGUUACUGACAGAGUAUGCGGAAGACAUACUUUUGUGUGAGAAGGCUUGUUCUUCUGGCAGCUCUUCUCUGGUUGCGUCUGGUCCGCGUGCUCAGCGGAUUCGACGCCAGUGGUUGAAUCCGGACCUCCAUCUCUCAUUCCUGUUUGGUUUAUGACUGGCUUACCUUCAUCUCCUUGUGUUAAUGCUAAUCUUUGGUUGAUCACUGUCAUCAGUUUGUUUGCGCUGCUAUUCAUUUGCAGAGGAAUGAUAGAUAGUGCGACGAAUGAUAGAUGUUCUGUUAGGUUACUACAUGUCAUCGUCGAUCUUCUAUGCCACCUUCAAGUGUGAGUGUCCUCUUCUAAUCUGCGCCCCCCGUCCGGCUACCGAGAAUCUCUCAGCGAAUGCCGGCUUAAUGUUCCUGAAAGAGAAAGCUCUCUUAGAGCAUGAAAUCGAUAUCCCAAGUCUAGCAGUGGAGCAGAAAGGCAGGAUCGAAUAUCCUAGGAUACGUUUAAACCGUCGUCUGUGGAAAGAAACCUCAGGGGCUGUAGAUGCAGCUCGCAGUCUACGGUCGUACAUGAAUCUUGAGGGAAUUGCGGUUCCGCAAGAACUUGCCGCUGACUUGGGCUUAUGAUGUUGGCUACUUAGUAUUCCUAGGGAUAGAAAAAGAAUCAAAGUGUUGUCGAUUGUUUCUUUCUAGCAACUUGCGUAACAACAACAACCACCACGACUAGGUUGCUCGUGAGACCAAUUGAGUGUCACUUAUUGUCAGAGAUGUGAUGAUGGUGAUGGCUUGAUGAAACAACUUUAUGUAGAUACUCUUUAUCUUUUGAUUUGGUCUUUCUAAUCCUCCUCCCACUGGAAAAAAAUUUGAACUUGAUCAACGUUCUUUUUCUUUCUAAUCCUCCUCCCACUGGAAAAAAAUUUGGACUUGAUCAACGUUUUUUUUCUUUCUAAUCCUCCUCCCACUGGAAAAAAAUUUGGACUUGAUCAACGUUCGAUUUGGACCGUUGAGUAGAGCACACUGGAUAUCCGACAUUACGCCUGCAACCGGAGUAGCUGCAAGUUUGGCCUGUGAAAUGCAGCCGAUACGUUUUCAAUCUGGCCGUUACGUCUGGUACAACAAACUUCUUGACGUCGGAAGUGCAUGGAUUUUGGAGCAUCAGCACGAUUCUUGGGGACGCUAUAAUCCGUUACUUUUGCCGAGUUUUCUUGCCAGCGAAAGUAGUGUGCUUCAACCUGUUGCUGGGUUUGCUAGGACUACUUUAACGACAACAAGCACUACGUCUGCUGCUCCGCAACAACAUCAGCAGCGUCUUAUUCUAGGUGAAGCAGGCGAUCGGAUUCGGACCAUAACUACUCGUGAACAAGCAGAUGCACAACAAGCGGAGGAAGCAACGAGUCGUGGAAUCGUCACAGCAGGUGGCCGUAUGAUGCCAGUGCCACCACCGCCUCCAAACCCAUUCGCAAGAAACAGUGAUGAAAUGGACGUAAGAACAAGGAGACUUCUCUUUGAAGCAACACUUUCGUCCACAUCCUCAUCUAGUACAACUGCGGGAAGAUCAGCGUCGUCGUCGAAUAUUAGGGUAGGUUAAAGGUGCUUUUGUUACCGUUUGUUAUGGCUCUCUCCCUUAGGUCGUGGGGACGCACAGCCAUAACAAACGGGAGAACCCACGAACACAAAAAGCCUACCUCUAAGAAUACUGUUGAUCAUGUUGAGCAGAUGAAUCACGACCUAGGUGGAAUUAGCACAGCAGAUGGUGAUCUUCCCGGUCAUCCGGUUGGAACAGCUUCAGCAGAUGUAUUCUUCGACUCGCGAUCGAUUGUGAGGAUGUCCAGGACACCUGAACGCGUCCUACGAAAAAGCGCCGGCUACACCCAGUCCCAGCGAAUCCGAAAGUUUCAACCAUUCGCUGCGUGA